AUGAAGGCCUCUCUCAUCCUUGCUCUUCCUGCCAUGGCCAUUGCGGCUGUCACUCCUCCAUCCGUCGAGCAGAGGCAGUUGCCCGAUUUUGAUGUUCUUCCUCUCGACAUCGACUGCCUCCGAAAUGUUGCCAACAUCGGCCGGUGCUUCCCCAACCUUGGAUCCGGAUCCCCCCCUACCGUCGGUGAUCUUCUUGACUGUGUCGAGAGUCUCCCCACACUUGUCGGUAGCAUUUUGCAGCUCGCAGCUCUGCGAUGCAUUGACCUCUCUGAUCUUCCCACAAAGGCAUAG